AUGCUCCAAAAGCUUAAUAUCCGCGCGGAGGACAUCCCCCGCGCCAAAUUCCGCCUCCACAUCAUCGCCGGCGCUCUCAUCCUCCUCACUUUCAUCCUCGUCAUCGUCCGCGUAGCCGAUAGUGGAACCCCCAGAUCCCGGACCAACACAUGGGGCAUCGCCGUGACCCUCAAAUCCGCCGUCUUCAUGGCAUACCAGGUCUCGACGGCGCACGUGGAUAAGCUAAAGCGAUGGGCGAAUACCAAGGUCAACGUUGUCCUGAACAUCAUUGAUACGGUCUUCUGGUUCGCGCUCUUCGUCAUCACGAUCAUGGGUGCGAGCGGGGCGACCAGUACCAGUAGCAAGGCGGUGGGCGCUAUUGUUAUCAUUCUGGCCUUGAUACUAGCUGGCCUCGCUGGGUUCCUUUCUUUCGUCUGCAUCAAGGAGAGGCGGUACUACAAACAGCAUGGGACCGUGCCUGGAAAGGCAACGCAAUAUCAGGAGGCCGUUUAA